GUGGGAUGUUGGAGGACGUCUGGGCGCCUAAACCUAGGAGGGCGAGCCUAUUACUGCGCAGGUUCAUAGGCUGCCUUGUUGUCUUCAAUCUCGCAGGAUUUGGAAGCCGCUUCUGGCGGGAAAUUGCUUCCUUUGGGCUUUGCGGCGAGGAAGCGUCUCAAUCUUUCUCCGGGUCACAUCCUAAGGCAGAAGCCCCAGUGUUUUUCAAAACGAGAACUCGGCACCACCAGCAUCAAAAUCACUGGGAUUUAAGGUGAAUGAAUAUAAAGAAAAUGAAACCAUCUCUUCUGUAUCUCUGAGACCAUUACAGACUACAGUUUUAGGAAAAACAGUUAAGGUUUGUCUUGUCCCCUUUUCACUCUGUAAUUACAAACUUGACCAAUUUAAGUGCCCCAAAUCCAUAUUAGAAAAGAAUUCUAACAAUGAAGUAAUGCUGUGUAAGAAGACUGAAAUAAAGAAAACUUGCAGAGGGAUUUUAACUCCAAAGAUGGAAACCUCUUCCAAGGCAGAAUCCAGUCUGCAAAAAUCAUCCUUAGAUGUUCAUACUGAAAAUAACAACCUACUGCACAAGAGUACUUCAGAUGCAGUGAUUCUCAGUGUUGUUGAUAUGGAAAGCAGUCAGGAUGGAGACAGUGAUGAAGAUACCACGCCAGGCCUGGAUGGUUUUUCGGGAUUGUCACCGUACGAAAGGAAGAGACUAAAGAACAUAUCAGAAAAUGCAAAUUUUUUUGCUUCUCUUCAGUUGUCUGAGUCAGCUGCAAGGCUCCGUGAAAUGAUAAAGAAAAGACAGCCUCCUGAAUCCAAGAGGAAGAAGCCUAAGAAGAGAGAAAAUGAGACUGGAUGUAGAAGAUCAAUGCGAUUACUAAAAGUAGACCCUUCAGGAGUUUCAUUACCAGCAACUGCAGCCCAGCCAACAUUAGUAGCAGAUGAAAAUCCUUUGUUACCUCCUGGGCCUUUAGAAAUGACUCCUGAAAAUCUAGAUGAUAACAAUGAAGUAUUUAAAGAAUUUCUACAAACAUGGACAGAAAUAAGCAAGACAAGUAGUACGAAAACUGAGAAUAAGUUGUCUAGCAUUAAAAGCUACAAAGUCAAUUUAAGUGGCAUGGCCAUUAGUGAAGAUACAGUUCAUAAAGUUACCCAAGGGUCAAUAUGCACCAUGGCAGUCCACCCAUCAGAAACUAGAACUUUGGUGGCAGCUGGGGCCAAAUCUGGGCAAGUUGGACUUUGGGAUUUGACCCAGCAACCUAAAGAAGAUGGGAUUUAUGUUUUUCACCCCCAUAGUAAGCCAGUUAGCUGUCUUUACUUCUCACCGGCCAAUCCAGCCAACAUACUGUCAUUGAGUUAUGAUGGCACAUUACGUUGUGGAGAUUUUUCCAAGGCUCUUUUUGAAGAGGUGUAUAGAAAUGAAAGAAGUAGCUUUUCCUCCUUUGACUUCUUGGCAGAAGAUGCCUCCACUUUAAUAGUAGGACACUGGGAUGGAAGUAUGUCUCUAGUGGAUAGACGGACACCUGGAACUUCUUAUGAGAAACUUAUCCAUUCUGCUUUGAACAAAAUAAGAACUGUUCAUGUCCACCCAGUGUAUAAACAGUAUUUCAUUGCUGCGGGAUUGAGGGAUGUUCAUAUUUACGAUGCAAGACACCUGAAGCCCAGGGGAAGCCAGCCUUUGAUUUAUUUGACUGAACAUACAAAGAGCAUUGCUUCUGCCUAUUUUUCACCUAUAACUGGUAAUAGGGUGGUAACAACCUGUGCUGAUUGUAAGCUGAGAAUCUUUGACAGCAGCUGUAUAUCCUCCCAGGUUCCUCUCCUCACCACCAUCAGGCAUAACACCAUCACUGGGCGAUGGCUGACCAGGUUCCAAGCCGUGUGGGACCCCAAACAAGAAGACUGUAUCAUAGUUGGCAGCAUGGAGUAUCCACGACGGGUAGAAAUCUUCCAUGAGACAGGAAAAUGGGUGCAUUCUUUUCUUGGCGAAUACCUUGCCUCUGUGUGUUCCAUCAAUGCCAUGCAUCCAAAUCGGUCUAUUUUGGCAGGAGGUAAUUCCAGUGGAAAGAUACAUGUUUUUAUGAAUUAAGAAAACUGCUGAGCUUUUGGUUUAUUGAUGCCAAUUUAUUCUAAUUAAUCAGUGUCUUAGGAACUCAGAAGGGCAAAGUUUAAUUCAUGUGGCUUAGUCUGUUUACUUGUUAAUAAGUUAUACUUAGCAUAUAUAAAGUUGUUUGAUUAAGAAGGACAUUCCAAUGAGCAGAAUGUACUUUUAGUGAGGGAGAAGCCUUGGAGGAUGUUUCUACAGGUUGGGGAAGGAAUUUGAAGGGCGGCUGCGAUAGCUUCAGUGCUUUUACUCAGAAGUUCUAACGUUAUAAGUCAUAAAACUUUGAACGAUCAGUGCUAAAAGCUUUUGUGAUAUAAUACGGUUUUGAUUCCAUAGUGAUAUUUAGACUGGUAGUUUAUUUUUUAGUUUGGAAUGAGUAUUAAUUCUAGGUUCACACAAUUGGAAGGGGUCCUGAAAGGUCAUCCAAGUCAGAGAUUUUGAAACUUUAAUUUUUUUACCCAAGAACCCAUUUUUUUUCUUUUCUGCCUCUAAUAAAAUCUUAUGUGAAACCCCAAUAUAGUUAAUUGCUGACUAGCUCUGGUUAACCUGGGACAAGGCCUGGCUCUGUGUGGGCUGAGCCUUUCCCUUCCCCUUCCACUGGAUGGCUCCUGAGACACACCACCAAGGAAUCCCAGGCUCCUUGGCACACAGUUUGGAUCUACUUUAUUUUUGCACUGCAGGGUGGGAUUGCCCUCAGACUGGUGUCUUCCAAACUGUGGGUUGCAGCCGUCAAGAAGAAAUCAACUUAAUGGCUAUGAUCAGUGUUUAAAAAAUGAAAAGGAAAGAAAUAGUAAAGAACCAAAAACAUAAUUAGAAUAAGUUUUGUCUUGUGAAACUUAGUUACUAAAUAUGUAUAUAUGCGUAUAUUCUGAUGUAAAAUGCAUUUCUUUAUUUCUGUAGUACUAUGGGUCAUGAUUAAAGAAGUGAAAGCUACUGCCUUAGAAUGUCCCAGACUGCCCAAUUUGUCCCUUUCUUUUAGACUCUCCAGAGGAGAAUUCAAUGGCUUGUUAAGUGAAUACCUUUGUUCCUACUCAAAUUUGGGGGAAAAGUUAUGAAAUACUCAGGAUUUUUGUCAUUUCUUCAUAAAGAUAUUUUCUUUUCAGAUGUUAUGGUGAUUUGAAAAUGUCUGUGGUGGGGAAGGGGAACUGAUAAAUCAGUGGCUGGAUAUUAUGUGUAAUAUUACCUAUUCAACUUUUUUCAUUGUUAUUCAUUGCCAGACUACUAUGCAAAGACUAUUGUAAAUAGCUUCAGCAAUAUGUUUGAAUUCUAAGAGGAAAUAUUAUUUUCUCAUAAUUGUAUG